AAUGCGACUGCUAAAUGAUUUACAUCCCAACUCCGCUCCUCGGCUCCGAUUGUCAGUCUUUUAUAGCCUCGGUCUCACCUGCUAGCCUAUCACAGGGCCUGGGAGAAUGAUUGACAAACCCCGAGAAAGCAUCUCACGGCGAUGAUUGGUAGUCUCUCCUCCUAUUAGAGAGCAAGGGCCGAUCCUAGAGCCCGCCCUCCACCCCGCCCAAUGGGGGGGGACCGCGAAUUGGUUUAGCGUCAGGCGCGCACUUUUAUGACGCUAUGACGCUGAUGCGAGAGGAUGGCGGCGGCGGGAGCCUCCGCGGAAGCGGCCGAGGAGUUGAGGAAACUGUGGGGUUUGAGGUUUCCCCCGACACGGUAUCGUUACUCUUGGGGCAGUGGGCAGAGCACCCCGCCUGGACUCGGGAAGACCCGACUUAAAACGUUGCCCCAGGUGACCCUGAAGGAGUCACCCUAAUCCUAUUUGCCUCACUUCCUCAUACGUAAAACGGGAUGGAGAAACAAACGGGCAAGCCCCUCGGGUAGCUCUGCCAAGAAACCCCAAAUGGGGUCCCGAGAGUCACACAAGCUGAAACAACUGAACCAGUGAAAAUCAUUGCUAAGCAUAACUUUGGGGUGAAGGCUGUACUACUUUAUGGUUAUCCUAUAGGUAACCUGUCCAAGUGCAGUGCUUCUGCCGGCUUUUCUAUAGGACCGAGCUUGACAUUUGAGAUUAUGUUCCUAUGUCAGAGCCCAAACCUUUCUACACAGCCCAUUGCAUUGGAGGCAGCAAAACCGGGCAGAAUGAGUGUAUGGUCUCUCCCGAAGCUAUGCGGCUCAGGUGGUUUCCAUUAAUCAGGUUGAAGAUAUAGGUCAAGGAAAGGGAGAACAUUAAAAAAGAAGAGGUGACCAAUAACGUGAAAGAAGCACUGGGUUUAGCAUUUGGACAGUUCUAAACUUCCCGGAGACAGGGGAAGACCUCAUGCAGUUUGAUGACCAGGUUCUUCACACUCAGCAAAUAGAUGAAGAAACUGAGCCCCAGGGAGGUUAAAUUUGUCGUCCAGGGUUAUUCAAGCAGUAAGCCUUACUGGCCAGGAUUUUUUCACUUAUAACCUUUUCUAGUAUAGACAGGGAAACGGCCUGCACAGCAGAUCUUGCUGGCCUUGACCUGAGAGAAUGCCUCCCUGGCUGCUUAACUCCCUUCCGUGAUGGGCUGUGGGACAAGUAAGGUCCUUCCUGAGCCUCCCAAGGAUGUUCAACUGGAUCUGGUCAAAAAAGUUGAGCCUUACACUGGCCACAAGACUGAUGUGUAUAAGCAUUUUAUCAAAGAUGAUGGAAGUGGAGGCAUUAAAACUGGAUGCCCAUCACCCCCUUAUCACAUUCAGCCUUAUCCAGGUCCUCACCUGGCUAGCCACACAGAGCCUCAUGAGCCCCGAAGGACCAGAGUGGCCAAAUACAGGGCCAAAUUUGAUCCUCGAGUAACAGCAAAAUAUGAUAUCAAAGCCUUAAUAGGACGGGGCAGCUUCAGCAGAGUUGUGCGUGUAGAGCAUAAGGCUACCAAACAGCCUUAUGCUAUUAAGAUGAUUGAGACCAAGUAUCGGGAAGGGAGGGAAGUAUGUGAGUCUGAGCUGUGUGUUUUGCGACGGGUUCGCCAUACUAACAUCAUCCAACUCAUAGAAGUAUUUGAGACACAGGAGCGUGUUUAUAUGGUGAUGGAGUUAGCCACUGGUGGAGAGCUGUUUGACCGGAUCAUUGCCAAAGGCUCCUUUACUGAGAGGGAUGCCACCCGAGUACUGCAGAUGGUGUUGGAUGGGGUCAAAUACUUGCACACACUAGGAAUCACACAUCGGGAUCUGAAGCCAGAAAACCUGCUGUAUUAUCACCCAGGCACAGACUCUAAGAUCAUGAUCACUGACUUUGGGCUGGCAAGUGCCCGCAAGAAAGGGGAUGACUGCCUUAUGAAGACUACUUGUGGCACUCCAGAGUACAUUGCCCCAGAAAUACUAGUCAGGAAGCCCUACACUAACUCGGUAGAUAUGUGGGCCUUGGGGGUCAUAUCAUACAUUCUGCUGAGUGGAACUAUGCCUUUUGAAGAUGACAACCGGUCAAGACUCUACCGGCAGAUCCUCAAGGGGAAGUAUAGUUACUCAGGGGAGCCCUGGCCCAGUGUAUCAAAUUUGGCAAAGGAUUUCAUUGACCGUCUGCUAACUGUGGAUCCUGGUGCCAGAAUGACAGCUCUCCAAGCCUUGAAGCACCCUUGGGUGGUGAGCAUGGCUGCCUCUUCAUCCAUGAAGAAUCUUCACCGCUCAAUUUCCCAGAAUCUUCUCAAGAGGGCGUCUUCUCGGUGCCAGAGCACCAAGUCAGCUCAGUCCACACGCUCCAGCCGUUCGACCAAGUCCAACAAGUCUCGGCGUGUGCGUGAGCGGGAACUGCGAGAACUCAACCUGCGCUACCAACAGCAAUAUAAUGGCUGAGCUGCCAGUCUCCUUGCACAUACCCUAACUUGGCUACUUCCCUUCAGCUGAAGUGUUCCAGGGGAUAGGCCUAGGGAAGUGGCAGUGGGACCCAGUACCCAGGGAGCUAGAGCAGGCGCCACAGGCACCUGAGUUUCCCUUCUUACUUGGGGGAGAGUCUGGGGCUGCACAACAGACUCCCAUCUCUUUGCCGGACACCCAGCUGUCUCAAGUGCCUCAUGCCACCCCCAGGCUAGUGAGGGGCCCGGAAAAAGAAAAGUCUGGUGGGCCUGGAGUGCCCAGUAUUAUUUAUUAAUGCCAGAUUCUAAGGACUGAGUUUGUCUUCCCACCCCCAUACUGUAUACCUACCUGGCAUGUUUGUGUGAUCAAGGGCCCCUUUCAGAUGAUGAAGGAUGGCAUUUCUGUUGUGUGCCCACCUUUCCUGGGAGGUUGGAGUAUUGAGUGGCUAUGACUCAACUACCUAAGAGCUUCCUGCUGUGUCAGAACUGCAGUGUGUACAGGUGGGGGUGGGGGGACCACUUCCUAGGCAGUCUGGACCAUGAGGAGGAGACCAAGAGUAGACUAGGAAUUUUAGGUCUGAGCACCUUAUUGUGAUAGGGUAAGUCUUGGAAGAAGAAAGAAAGGAAAAAACCCUUGUCCCUCCUUCCCUAAUUCCAGUUCCUCCUACCCUGCUAUUCCUACCCUAGAGAUGGUCCUUAUGGCUGUGAUAUGACAUGGGCCUGGCUGUUGGCUUAGGGUAAGGGGUGCACCUUCUUGCAGGCUGCAUUAUUUAGUGGUUAUGCCCUAAAUCCUCCUCAGGAGAGGUGGUGUUAGGGGUUUUUGACCCACACCCUAGGCCUCCUUAUUUUUUCCCUUGCUUAGAGCCAGAUAGAGCAAUUACAUGAGAGCCCCCUCAUGUCAAAUGUGUUUCCCUUGGCCCUUCCACUUGCCAGGAUAUCUACUCUUACUCCUUUCCUACCCCUUUCCUUUCCUUCCUUUUCUUCCUCCUUUCCCUGGGAGGACCCAUGUAGCUCAGAGAGCUGGUAUCUGUAGCACAUACUUGGCACCCCUGUAACCAACAGGAAAUGGAGGCGCCUUUGUGGUAGCUCACCUGGGACAGAGAAAAGGCCCAUAGUGGCUCAGAGAGGGCCAGGACAAGAGGGAACUUUUCUAGGCUUGGGGGCGCUGCGGUGGGGAGGGCCUGGAGGGCAGUGGAGCAUCUAGGACCAUUUCAUCUAGUGAAGGGGACCUGGCAUUUAUGUAGGAGCAUGUGUGUGUGUGUGUGUGUAUGUAGUGUGUGUGUGUAAAAAGAAAUGUAGAGAACAUGUGGCCAUCCCUUAAGAUCCCCUGCUUCCUUCCCCUUGGUUAGUCAUUUUUAGCUGUAUCCCACUCUCCAUGACUUCUUUGAGGGUUUUCUUGGCAGAGAUGCUGGAGCGGCUGGCCAUUUCUUCACCAGAUCAUUUUACAGAGGAGAAAACUGAGGCAGACAGGAUGAUGUGACUUGCCUGGAGUCAUAUGGCUAGUGAAUACUCCAGGGGUGUGCUGCCUCUCUCCCUCCCUUCCCCUGGGAGGGUGUGACAGGCUGGUUCUAAGGGUUCAGGUGUCCUGUGAGAUCCCAGUGUUAUUUUGGUUCUCUUUCCCUCCAUCUGCUUUCUCCCAGGAAAACCUGAGCCUGCAUCAUCCUUAGCUCUGGAAGGAAAAGGAUGUGUCCUGUAGCCAGAGUCAGGAAAGAAGGGGAGAGAGACUGGUGUGGGUGGGUGCUUGGGCCACAGCUGGCCUCCCCAAGGGAAAUUUCCGUGGCUUCUAAGCAGAGUCAUGGCUGCCACUUUCCCCUCCCCUUAGAAAGCUGCAAGGAUACAUUUCCCUUUUCUGAUUUUAUCCCAUCUGUCCUGUGGUCCUCAGGCAGGAGCUAUGCCCUGCCUCCAUUCUGGCAGCUCUGCUUCUGGGACACAAGGCUGGGUGAGGCCCGCCUUUUCUCCUCUCCCCCCGCCCCCCCCAGGUGCUUUCUCUGCUAGCAUCACAUAGCCCCGGGGCCCCUGCCUUGUUUCCUCUCUGCUCCUCAGACCCCACCUUUUUAUCUUUUGUCCAUGGGAACCUGCUGGCAGGAGAUGUUCAGGGUUCUCAUGGAGCGUGUAUCCCAGUCUGCUCACAAAAUAACUGGCCUUCCAUGGACAAAGUCCGAGUGACACCUAGUGGCUGCUUGAGACAUGGAUCAGCGGCCAGCCUGGGGAGCAGCCUCCAGGGGCCGGAGGUUCUGAAGCUGGAAUUUUGCUGCCUGAGGAAUGAGGCAGUUUUGAGGGAGGGGCUUAGGGAUAGGGUCAUUAAUUCUUCCAUCCCCUUCCUUCUCACCAGGAAGCCUGUCCUUAAGGGAUUUCUUGUGGAACUUAGCAAUACUGUGUGAAUAUGCCCACCUGUAGGGAAGGGGUUGGGGGAGGCUCCAUGGCCCCUCGGUGAAACUGCAGGGUUGGGAUGGAGGGGGGCUGGUUCCCCUAACAUGGCCCACUCUGGACCAGACUCCAUUGUCUGUUUAGACAUCUCUGACUCUCUUAAAUGCAUGGACUUGCAAACUUUGUCUGGCUUGCAGCUAAGGUGGAGCAAUAGAACCCAUUUUAGGGGGCAUCCCUCCCUUUUUCUUGCCCGUUUUUAAACUGAAGCUGCUCUCAGCAAAUUUGAGAAGGGGUUGGGCUUAAUUCCUGGUAGAGGAGUCAAGCUGCCUCCUUGAUAAGAUCCCCAUAGCACUUAGGGUAGGUGAGUGUUUUCCCAUAUCCCUGGCCUGUAAAGAUCUAAUGGAAUACUCUAUUGAAAACAAACCAUUGACAAAAAGAUAAAGCUAUUCAUGUAAAUAUUGCUGCCAAUUCUGACCAGCAGUACCAAGGACCAGGUCUCCUUUCCUUGUGAAUCCUUGGUACCAACAGGAAAACUAAGCCAAAGUGAUUUCUUCAUUUGUGUAUGCAAGCACACCUUUUUGCCAAAGAGAGAGCCAUGUGUCACAGAUUGCCUUCUCCAAGGCCCAGGGAACUUCAAAUCCUUUCUUCUGGGCCACUUUUCUUGCCAUUCUGCUUUCCUCUGACAGCCCCUAUGACUUCCAGUUUACUGUCCCAAAGACAGAAGGUUGCCCCAGGCAGCUGGUCCCUCUGCCAGGAGGGAUCUCAGCCACUGUCCCAACCUUCCAGAGUGUUGGACAGCAGUUAGAUCUCUAAGGGACUGCAAAGCAGAGCCUGGGAUGCUGCCGUACAUCCUUCAGCAAUUCUCUUUCCUGUCACCAGGAAUCCUCACCCCAAAGGGUCAGUGGAUUUGUCUUGGCUAGGGGGAGGGGAGAUGCUUGGCUGGAAUCUUCCUGAACCUCUCUUCUGUCCCUUGGUUCCCAGGGAUAUCCUUCUGGAGCCUGUUCCUUCUGUGGACUUCCUCAGUUGCCAUCCUACUACCUAUACACCACUACUCCACUUCUUUGCCAAGUGAUCCCUGUUGGACCCAGACACUUCCUCCCCCUUCCCUCAACCCAUGAGAGGCAGGAUAAAUUUAUGCUUGGGGGUUUGAGACAUUUGCCAUUUGUCUCAACCUCUUGACAUUAAAGGAAGUCCUUCAUACUAUUGUUCCCUGGGAGCUUGUGCCAUUGGAUUGAGAAUGUAUAGUUAUUUAUUUUGUGUACUCAGUUUGCAAAUGUAUCUUGCAUAUUCAAUAAACCUGCAGUCUUCCCUCAGGAUGGCUGCUCCAAAACUGUG